AUGUCUGUGUCCAUUGAUCCCAAUGACUACGUUGAAGCUCCCGAAGGAGUCACAAACUUAAAGUUCAAUGAUGCCAAAAGACAAGCUAAAUUUGAACUUGGAGUCUGUAUGGCAGUAUACAAAUGGGAAGAAUUAAAUACGGCUGUAGAAAACUCCUGGGGAGGUCCAAACUCAGGUGAAAAAAGGGACUGGAUCUCUGGAAUUGUAAUAGACUUAUUUGAUGAUAAAAUUGUAGAUAUAGCACUUAUAGAAGAAACUUUAUUGUAUGCAAUGGUUGAUGAGUUUGAUACUGAAAUCGAUAACGAUUCUGCGUUGGAAAUUGCUGCAUUAAUUUUCAAAUUCUUCAAGGAUGUGAUGGUUGAAAAAUAUGAUGGGAUAGAUCAAUUGUAUGCUAAAUGGGAAGCAAAGAAGAACUUGAGGACUCAGAAUUCCCAUGUUGUAGUAGGCUCUGAUCCAAAUAACCCCUCUGAUGACGAUGAAGAAGACGAUGAUGAGGAAGAAGAAGGUGAUGAAAAUUUAACAAGUAGAGGCAACGUAGUUGAAGAAUCCAUGGAUGUCGAUGAACCAGCAGGACCAAUCGUCGAUGAUGAUGGGUUUGAAAUGGUGCAGAAAAAGGGUCGCCGUGGUGGUAGGCGUUAA